AUGCUGAUGUAGGGGCUGACCCAUGAACAGCCCUGUGGCUUGUAUCUUUAAAAUGAGUGUGUGAGGUGUGGUUGUAUUCUGCUACAGGAUGUCACAGACUGGUAAUGAUAUGGAAAACCUUGAGAGAGGCAAAGGGAGGAUCAAUGAGACAAAAGCAGUGGCUGAUGUAGAUGGCAACAUAAUUGGGGAGCUUAUUAACAAGUCACAAGAAGCUAAAGAAUUUGCUUACUGUCCAUACAGCAAGUUCAGAGUUGGAGCAGCAGUCUUAGCACCCAAUGGAAUGAUCUUUACAGGUUGCAAUGUGGAGAAUGCAUGUUACAGCCUAGGAAUUUGUGCCGAAAGGACUGCCAUCUCAAAGGCUGUCUCGGAGGGGUACAGACAUUUCAGGGCCAUUGCCAUCGCCAGUGAUCUCAGUGAACAGAUCAUUUCACCAUGUGGAGGGUGUCGGCAGUUCAUGAGAGAGUUUGGUGCACACUGGGAUGUCUACUUGACAAAGCCUGAUGGAUCCUUCCUUAAAAUGAGUGUAGAGGAGCUCCUUCCAGUGUCAUUUGGGCCUGCGGACCUGAAAGGGGCCAAAGUGUGACGCCCCAUGACACAUCAUUUAGAAUUGCAGAAAUACAAACUUGAUGUUGAACUUUCAUUUUACAAAUCAAGUGAUCUCCAGAGCAAGAGCACAGAUCAAAACCAAGCAACAAGCCAUGGUGUACAAGUGGUAAAAAGAUGAUGAUAGGUCUCUGUUAAGCUGUUACUGCUCAUAAUUAAGUGUGUGAUUCUGAACAUAAUACAUUCACUAGGAAUGACAUAAUGCGUAUGUAGAUAUACAGUAUGGCCCUCAUACAUGACCCUGGCAUGGGCAUAAUUUAAUUUAAAUAAAUGAUGUCGCUUACUGAAGUGACCAUUUAUCCUGAUUUCGUUUUUUCCUUUUGCUGAUAAAGAAUGAUCAAAUAAAUGACUUUUAUACCUAUUCAAA